AUGCCACUCGAGCAACGCAGUGUGUACGAUUUUCUCCUCCAGAGACGCGCAGCCGCGGCAAUGCGCUGGGGAGCAUUCGGAUCUGAUGGCGAUGGCCUGGGCGGCCUAGGAGAAUGGAUCGCAACUGGCAGGACCCCAUUCGAAGGCACUUCCGCCGAUCUUACACCGAACCACAAACGCGCUGCUGCUGCAAUGCGCUGGGGAGCAUUUGGAUCUGAUGGCGACGGGCUUGGUGGCUUAGGAGAAUGGAUCGCAACUGGCAAGACUCCCUUCGAAGGCACUUCGGCCGACUUGACGCCGAAUCAGAAACGUGCGGCUGAUGCCUGGUUCGCGGGCUUGCUUGGAAAUAAAGGCGACGGCCUCGGCGGAUAUGGAGAGUGGAUUGCUACUGGCAAGACCCCAAUCACAGGCACCAAGCGCUCAGUCUACUACCUUUGA